CACCCCUCCUCCCUCCUGUCUUUCAGACAGACUGUUUUUGCUGCAUUGAACGGUAGCCGUGGAGAGAGGGAAAACGCAAGAAAAACAAGAAGCCGAAGAAGGAAGAUAAAAAAAGUCAAUAUAGACAUAUCCAGAGAGACCUCAGAUCCAGCGCCAGCUAUCCUGCAUCACAAGGACCACUUCCAGACCAGAACCAACGGCGACAAAUAGUGCAGGACCCGGACUCCAGAGGCGUAUAUCGGUAAUACUCUGGUAACACUCCGGUGCUCCUCUGCCUAUCCUCGUGAGGAUUCAUCGAGACGAACAAACAGAUCUGUGUGUCCAACCGACCAUGGCAUUCCCUUCUUACCCGGUCCCUGGUCUAUGGACUCUGAGCUUAUUGACACUACUGGCAGCCUCUGUUCAAAGCAACUUCAUCGUUUUUGACGAUGACCCCAUGCAGCCGGUGACCCAGGACGAGACGGUGUCAGUGGGCGGCACGGUGACCCUGACCUGCCGGGUGACAGAGAGCGACAACUCCUCCCUGCAGUGGUCCAACACGGCCCAGCAGACUCUGUACUUUGGAGAGAAGAGAGCUCUGAGAGAUAACCGUAUCCAGCUCCACCAGUCAACAGGCACAGAGCUGUCCAUCACCAUCGGAGACAUCCAGCUGUCAGACGAGGGGGAGUACACCUGCUCCAUCUUCACCAUGCCCGUCCGCACUGCCCGUGCCACCGUCACUGUGCUAGGUGUCCCUGGUAAGCCUCAGAUCUCUGGCUAUGAGGAUGCUGUGCAGGAAGGGGGCAAAGUCACCCUCACCUGCACCAGCUCCGGGAGCAAGCCACCCGCCAAACUACACUGGUACAGAGACCAGAAGGAACUCACAGGUCGCCCUGAUGUGGUGGAGUCUAACCCUGGUGAGCCGACCUACACAGUGAUCAGUGAGCUGACUCUGACUGUGGGCCGAAGCGAUGAUAAUGCUCUGAUUGCCUGUGCUGUAGACCACCCUUCUCUGGCCCAUGGGGACAAAGGGAGCGAGCAACGCAUUAGAGUCCUGUUCACCCCAGACGUAACUAUCCAGCCUGAGAGUGAUCUGCCCAGAGAGGGAGGAAAGUUCCACCUGCAGUGCAUUGCCAACGGAAACCCCGAGCCUAUCUCGUACGUGUGGCAGAAGAAGGAUGGAGAGCUCCCCCCGCUGGCCAAGGUGGAUGGUAGUGUCCUGCGCUUUGAGAUGCUCAACAAAUCAGACAACGGCAUGUACCUUUGUCAGGCCGACAAUGGCAUCGGGAAGGUGCAGGGACAGUACACACUGUUGGUGCAAGACCUGACAGAUGAUUCAGACUACCUCUUCCCUACCUCUUUCUAUCUACCCUCCUCUUCUCCGACUUCUGACUCCCCCCCUCCUUCUCUUUUUCAUGAUUCUUUCUCUCAAUCCACAUCCCUUAUGUCAACAAUGUCUGGCACUGGGUCUGGGUUGUCUGCGUCCACAUCCCUACCUGCCACUUCUCCUCCCGUUAUCCCUUACUCAUCUGACCUUACUAUCACCCCUUCCCCUUAUCCCUCCUCUUCAUCCCCCUCUACCUCUUCUCCCUCUCCUUCUCACUCUCCUCCUCUUGCCAAUGUUCCAUCUACCUCUCUUUCCAACUCUCUCUUCCCUGAUCUUCCACUGUCUCCCGAACCCCUUCCCCCCUCCUCCUCUGACUCCUCCUCCCCCUCUUCUUCUUCCUCCUCUUCUUCCCCUCCUCCUACCAGCGUUACUCAUUCUGUCGCUCCCCCCUCCUCUGUCUCCCUCACUCCCUCCUCAGUUCCCAUACAGCUGAAUGGAGUUUACAGUUUCACAGAUGGUCCAGACAACAUUGCAGACCCCACUGCCAUGUCUACCUCUUCAGGAGUGGACCAUGCUGUGAUUGGAGGAGUGGUGGCGGUCAUCGUCUUCAUCCUGCUCUGUCUGCUCAUCGUCUUGGGCAGAUACCUCAUCAGACACAAAGGGACAUAUCUUACCCAUGAGGCCAAGGGCUCCGAUGACGCUCCCGACGCCGACACGGCCAUCAUCAACGCUGAGGGCGGCCAUUCCGGAGCAGAGGACAAGAAAGAGUACUUCAUCUAGGGAGGGGUCGGGAGGGGGGAGAGGAACGCCUCCAUUUGUCUUCACAAGCUUCAGUUCUUCACAGCAGCCAGAGGGGGAGGAGUAGGGGACAGACAGACAGACAGGGAAAUGGUGAAGUACUGAGACUGACAGGAAAAACAGAAAAGCUUCACCUGCAUUGAAAACAGUGCGAUUAUUUGCACUUAUAUACAUGACUUCCUCAUGUCCACUGACACACACACACACACACACACACACACACACACACACACACACACACACACACACACACACACACACACACACACACACACACACACACACACACACACACACACACACACACACACACACACACACACACACUACGUGUUACGUGUCACUGACACACUGUUACGAGAUACACAUCCUGUUCAUGCUCACAUGAACAUACCAACAGGCACAUGUACAUGUAACAGGAUCAUAGUAAUGCAAAGUAAUGUUCGAUUUCUUGAUUUAAGAGGAAAAACACAUUUUUUAUACAUGCAUAUACAGUACAUAUACAUGUUUCAUUAGCAUUCAACUGUCAGUGACACAAAUGCAAAAUUGUACUCCACAUAUUAUUGCAAAAAUGUCAUUCACAUUCCAGCAUGUUAUGCUGAAAUACAGUUUCUGAACCCCAAACACUGUCCCCCACCCAUUUAUCCAUACCAUUCCUCCCACUCGUCUGUCUUUCAUUUUCCCUAUUGUCUUCUCUCUAUUCUAUCACUCCCCACAUAGACUACGACAGACCAGGACAGACUCUAUAUGACAUUCUUCUGUUCAGAAAUCUGUCUAAAAUCAAUCAACAACAACUGCUGUACAUAACCUCUCUCUCUUUCCCGUCUUUCUCUGUCACACACACACACACAAAAACAAACAGACAAAUACAACCCCUAUUCCCUACAUAGUGCACUACUUUUGACCAGGGUCCAUUGUAACAUGAAGGAAACAGAAUCUAAACACAUGACAAUAAAAUGCAGCAGGGGUUCUCGAAGUAUGAAUAUUACUAACAACAACAGACGAAACUCAUUUUGGCCAAGGGAUCUGUGGAAUAAGUUUAGAGGGUGUAAUACAGUACAUGGAAUAAUAUGGACCCCCCCAAAUGUUUAUUUUUUAUUUGUACAUAAAUGCACUGUAAUUUAAGCUGUAAAACUGCUAAAUUCUCAUGUCAACGUUUGUAGAAUUGCAGGACAUUACGUUUAAAGCUGGAACAACAAAGAUCUCUCUGCCCCAAUGAUGAAAUGUGUAGAAUUGCAAGAUAUUAGCUUGAAAACGUCUAUAUUUUCUCUCCGAUGCCAAGAGGUGGGCCUUUAAAAUGUUGCUUUCCAGGGCCCGAAAAAUGGUUUGGUCCAGUCAUGCACUGCCGAAGUAAAAGUCAUCGUAUGCUACAUUUCUCUAACUCGAGUUGUGUUCUAAUUAUGAAUUUGCUAUCACAAAAGAGGUCCCCGGAUAAAAUACAAUACAAUUCAACCCCUACACUACCACACAACACACCCCAUGCAAAAACAGCAUCCCUGUAUGGCCACAGUGCGGGAUUCCGAUAUAAAUAUAUAUAUAUGUAUAUAUAUAUAUAUAUAUAGCAUUCUUUUUACUCAGAAAACAAACAAAAAACAUUUGGUGUGCUGUAAAUACACUAUCAUUUCCUCUCUCUCUUUCUCGCUCCUCCUCUCUCUCUUUAUCUCCUCCUACCCUACACAUCUCCUCCUCCUACCCUACAUCUCCUCCUCCGACCCUACAUCUCCCUCUGUCUGUUACUAACUGCCGUACAGUAUAUAAUCUAAAGCCUGCCUGUUUUUACUAAUGCUGAGUGAAAAAUAUCAAUAUCUCGGAAAAUGUGUGUUGCAAUGAAAACCUAAAAGUACUACAAAUAUUUGUAUCAAUUCUGUUUGGAUCCUUCUGUUUUGAUUGUUUUGUUCUGGUGUUUACUUACUGUCAGUGUUAACAGUUUUCAGUGUCUGUUGGUCAGUCCAGGAGUUCAUAUUGUUAUGAUUUAAUUAUGAUUAGUGAUUAUGAUGAUCUAUUUGCUUUAUUUAUGUUGUUAUCCCUGAGGGAUACUGUAGUAGCUCUAAUGAAUAUAAUUAUACCACAUCGCUUCUAUCCUGCUGCUGCAUUCUGGAAUGCUCUCUCUGGCCAACCACCGGCCACUAAACGCAUGCUAUAAUGACAUCACUUAAUGUAAGUGGCUAAUACAGUCACUGCACCUUUUAAAAUGACAUCAUUCCCUGCAAUCUAAUAAAAGAGUCCAGCCAGGCUUGCAGGCAGCAGUUAACCAGGGUACAGUUCAGUGGGCAGGGCACUCUCUCUGCUUCAGGCAUGCAUACUGACACUGAACUUCAUCUCUCUCUCUCUCUCUUUAUCCACUCUCUUUGUCCCUUAUCUCUCUCUCUCUGCCCCCCCCCCCUCUCUCUCUGUCCUCUCUACCUCUCUCUAUAAUUAUCUGCACCCCCCCUCUCUCUAUCUCUCUGACCAUCCUUCCAUCUCUUUGACCUUUCUCUUCACUUUCUUUAUCAGUCUCCCACACACACACACUCAGAAAACACAUUUAAAUAACUUCAUAGCUAGCUAGAGCAUUACUAGAUUUGCUCGUUCAGCGAGCUAUUGUCUGAUGCGACCGGCCGGCGCGCCAGCCUGACGUCUGGACUGGACACCAGGGGUCCGUUCUGUUGCUCUUGUUAUAGAAUUGUUAAUUCCGUCUGUGGUAGUUUUGUACACCUAGGGAAUGAUCAGGGAUUGCUUCUAUCUCAUCCCCCAUUGCCAUUUUGCCACCGGGCUGUUGUGGAUGGGAAUAGCCAGAGGUAAUAUCUAUACCAUGGCUACGUCUGUGACUGCACGGCAGCAAAAUUGAGCCCUCUAUCCAGCUCUAUGCGAUCUCUAUGGGAGUAGGUAAUCUAGUGAGUCUGCUGUCGUAAUAAGCUACGGUAUACAGCCUCUCUGGGGAGAGAAAGAGAUGUCUGCAGACGAAAUGGGAGCGUGGUGUCUGUCACUCGCAAUGUGUUCAUUUGGCUCGCUCACUUUCUUAAGAGAGGGGGUUCCAUUUGGUGAGUUGCAUUUUCUAAGUAGUCCCAGUCGUACGUAACCUUUGACCUUUCAACUGAUGAGGAGUUGGAACCAGGAAUGUCUGUCUACUCCACAGAAACUAAGGAUAAUAGUAGACCUACUUACUGGAUGUUUCCAACUGGACCUGUAUUUGCUGAUAUCUAUCCUAGCUCUAGAAGAUCGCAUGAAAUGUCUGCAUGAGAAAAGAAGGUGGAACACACUAUAGCUUUGACCAAACAUGAGAACAUGAAAACCGUUGUUGACAAGCCCCUAUAUGAGACGAUCAACCGACUGAUGGAAGUGUUUGACGGCUUGUCCAUAGAAUUAGAAUCAUUCUAGCCAUAUGGGCUUUCCCUACUCCCCAGUCUGCAGACAUCUAUUAUAUUCUAGAACACUCCACGCUUUGGAACGCAUUGCAUUUGUGUGCAGUUACAGCUUUCUGCCACCAGGUGUCAGUGACGAGCAGCUGUUUAUCUUGCUUUGGAACACACUGUCUUACCCCUAUCACCUGUCCACCUUUCUGCUCUCUUUUCUGCACCAUUGUUGGGGGAAUGCUCUUUCUCCACUGCUCUCUCUCUUCUUAUUUUGUAGUAUGUUAUCUUGAAGAAUAGAUUUAAAAAUGAUGUUUAUUUUUCAAAGAAAGGUGUGCAUACUUUUAAAUGUAUUACUUUCAAUUCAAUUGCUAAUUUUUUUUUUCUUUUUUUAUAAAUAGAUGUUCAAUAUUUUAAGGUUAGAGGGUAGUUUGGCGUAUCUUAUUGUUUCGACAGUCCACCAUUUUUAUAUAAUUUCAUGUAUAUAGUGUUGCCUUUACUGGUUAUUUUUACAAGCACACUGAUACACACUCACACACACAUGUGCAUGAGGUACAUGUAGUCUGUGACUACAGUGUGUUUGUGCGUGCCUGUGUGUGUGUGCCUGUGUGUGUGUGUGUGUGUGUGUGUGUGUGUGUGUGUGU